UGCAUGAAUGAUUAUUUUAAUAUUCAGAUAUUCUUAGAAGUGCAAAACGUUUGUGCCAUUAUUUUUAUUUUUUAAAUGCAAGACAUUAUAUUAAGUCAAUAUUCUGUAAUUAUAUAAUAGAAUUUACACGGAUUCCCGCCAAACUAUAUCAAUACAUUCAGUGUAACAUUUUAUUUAUUAACAAAUUAUUAAUAUCAUAGUUAUCAAAUUUGGAACAUCAUUUUAUUAUUACAAUGAAAGACGGAAGCAGAUUGUUGUCAAUUCUUCUGAGAGUUUCAGAAAAAGCAGCAAAUAUAGCAAGAGCUUGUAGACACAACGAUGCAUUAUUUAAAUUACUUGUACAAGAAAAAUCAGAAGAAGAAAAAAAUCCACGCUUCUUUCAAGAUUUUAAAACUUUGGCAGAUGUUCUUAUUCAAGAAACAAUUAAACAUGACAUAGGAUUAGAGUUUCCAGAAUUGGCCAAAGUAGUACAAGGAGAAGAAACUAAUACAUUCAGUAAUGCUAUGGGUGAAUCUAUAGUAGUUGGAAUAUGUCCUACAAGCGAAGAAACUACUCAAUUAUUAGCCAAAGUAAUGGGUAGUGAUAUUGCAACUGCUGAAUUAUUAGCUACUGAAGUUCAUAAAGAUAUUCAAUUCUUAGACAUUCCAAUGAUAGCAACACUACCUAUUGAUUUUGAUGCUGAUAUUAAUGAUCUUGGUAUAUGGAUAGAUCCAAUUGAUUCAACUGCAGAUUACAUAAAUGGAGGUGAAAAAGUCGAUCAUACCACUGGUGUACAUAUGAGUGGUUUACGGUGUGUUACUGUCUUAAUUGGAGUAUAUACGAAAAGUACAGGCAUACCAAUUUUGGGAGUAAUUAAUCAACCUUUCUAUACGAAUGUAAAUUUGCGAUGGAAAGGUAAUUGCUACUGGGGAUUUGUAGAAAAUGAUAUUGGAAAAUGUUCUAUAGUGAAAGAACAUAAUAAUAAAAGAAUAAUUAUUCUGAGUAGAGUUGAAGAUGAAAAUAUAAAAUCAAAACUUUUAGAUGCAGGUUUUAUUUUAGUAGAAGCAGCUGGCGCAGGUUAUAAAAUAUUAAGCGUUGCUCUUGGACAAGUUGAUGCUUAUAUUUUAUCUAAAAGUUCCACAUAUAAAUGGGAUACUUGUGGUCCACAAGCUCUUUUGCGUUCUUUACAUGGAGGUAUUAUUGAAUUCCAAAGUUUUAUAAAUAAUUCCGAUUACACGGACAUAAAAUAUUUAUCUACGUCCACCAAUUUUUCGAAUAGCAAUGGUUUGAUAGCAUAUCGAAAUUUUGAAAUUUUACAAACAUUAAAAUCGAUUUUAUGCAAAUAAUAAUAUUAUAGUAUUAUAUUAAAUAUUUAUCUUAUUUAUCUAGGUAUUGUGAAGUUAUUAAAAAAAAAUUAUUUUUGCUGCAUUUAUAUAUAAUUUUACUUAUAUUUUUUUAUUAUUAAUUUUCUAUUAUUUUAAAUUAUUAUAUAAUAUUUAAAAAAAUAUUUCGUAUAUAACUUAAUUAGUAAAAUUAAUAAUUUUUAAAAUAAUUAAAUAUAAAAUAUAUUGUUAUUAUAUAUUUAUUCAAUUCAAUUUAAUUUAAUUUUAAUAAUUCAAAAAUAAAGUCAUUCAUUUGUAUAUUAUACAAUUUUAAUAAAAAAUUUAAAAAAUUGAAAAUUGCACAUAAUAGUUUUUAGUAUAAACAUAUUUUACAUAAUAUGUAUUGUUAAUAGAUAAUUAUUAAGUAUUAGCAAUGAUUAGUAAUUAAAACAAAAUAAUUAAAUAGAGAAGAAAUUUUUUAUUUUAUUUGUCUUUUUUAAUCAUUUAUUGUUAUUUAUUGUUCUAAAUGUAAUUAAAUGUAAUUAUUGUUCUAAACGUAUGUUAAUAUAAAUGAAAAAUAAUAAAUAUGAAAUUGUUAUUUGAAAUUGUACACAUUAUCAAAAAUGUUAUGUAAUAUCAAAGAUAAAUAUAAUAAAAAUGGUUUAUGUUUUA